CAACAGUCCAGUAAUUGGCUGAACACCGAAAACUAUAAUUAGUGGUCUGUACUUUUACCAGUGAAGUAGACAUAAAUGCCUAUUUACUCUGUGGAUUAGUCCCCGCCAAUGUAAUAGUAUAUAAAGAAAACCAAAUGAAUACUUCAAGAAAUAGAUCGAAAACUUAGUUUUAGUUUUGAUUCAUUAUCGUGUUCAUUUUUUAACGUAAAUUAUGUCUGCAUGUAAUAUGUACUACCCAUUGUCAGUUUAUUCCUCAAAAUUUCAAUAUACUUAUCUAAACUUGAGCAAUAAGGAGUUAAGGCAGUUUAAAAUAAACUUAAAAGAUAGGCCCCAGGAACUAAAAAAUAAUUUACAUCGAAUUUUGGCCCACAUUUAUUAUGAAUUGGAGCAAAUUGUUGUGUCGAGAAACUCUAAACAUUGCGUUAAUAUAGAAAGCUUAGUGAAAAAAGUGAUACCUAUAGAAUAUUUUGGGUCAUUAUUGAAUCGCAGGCGAUUCCUGUUUAUUGUUAAGAGAAUAAUGACCCACACUGAUGGGGAGUGUAUCCACACGUCAUUUCUAUAUGAAAAUUAUGACUAUGAAGCAAUACCUUGGCUCCGUCAAAAACACAUUCGAGGAAAACACGAACUUGAAUUCUUUAAUGUACUGCUGCUGGAAAGUGUUGUAAAAGCUUUAAUAAAGCAUUUUUAUGUCUUCAUGAAAGACUAUAAGGGAAGAAAAAUAAUACAAAUUCCAAGAGAUAAGUAUUACAUGUUCAAUGAUAAAAUUUUUUCAAAACAAAUUCAGUCGGGAUUUAUCACUCACAAUCAUGAAAAUCUGGACAAAGCAACGCUCAGAGGCACCUUAAAAUGGGUACCCAAGAGAAAUAUGGAACAGCUUUGCUAUAGGCCAAUUAUUAUUACAUUUAACAAAGACAAACAAUUACAGCGAGAACUUAAAAGAAAAGUCACUUUGGCCGCGAAUAAUUUCAAAGUCACAUGCAAAGAAAAAAUGUUUGAUGGCUGGUUAUCAUAUCUUCAACAAACUGAAGGCAAACGACUGUUUGCUAUCAAAUUGGAUAUGGCAGAUGCUUUUGGCAAUGUAGACAUAAAUGUAUUAUGCACAAUUUUAGAGAAGUGUAGCAUAUUGACAAAACAGGAAAUAAAUUAUCUCUGUAAACACAUUAAGCAGCAGUUUGUCUAUCGACCUGGCAAAAACAUUUGUCAAUGGCAUCAUGGUCUUAUGCAAGGGGACUGCCUAUCCUCGUCAUUGUGCGACUUAUAUCUAAGCUAUCUAGAACACGAAAAUAUGAUCAAAUUUGCUUUACCCAGGUGUUUCAUGCACCGGACUGUCGACGACAUGUUAUAUAUCUCAACACACCAGAGAGAUAUUUUAGAUUUUGAGUUGCAUGCCUGUAAUGUAUUUCGAUUGAAUGAGAGAAAAACAUUAAAAUAUUUAGGUACCAAAGAUUGCAAUCCUUGUAUUCCCUACUAUGGCAAAGUAUUUAAUUUUAACACGAAAGAAUUCUCCAAUUAUUAUGAGUUUGAGAAAGGAACCCAACUUAGGACAAAAUUUAAAUUUUGGAAUCCAAAGUACCCCUAUUCGGCCGACAAUGUGUUCCAAUUUAUUACGAGUUCCAUGAAAUUCCAGUAUUUGAACUUCUGUUUUACAAAAUUUGAACUCAACAGCCAAACUAAUUCUGUGGAAACUAUACUAAAAAAUUUCUACCUGGGCAUGUGUUAUGUUGCAUUUAAAAUGGACUGUGCGAUUCAAGCCAUUAAAUAUGCGUUUUUGACUCCAGAGAAGUUCAAUCUAAUAGUACUAAAUGUGAUUGAAUUUAUAUUAGAGACUUAUUGUAAAAAGGUACUUAGCUUUAUUGGACGAUAUAAGGGAGAUGUAUUUCGAGAUGUUUUCAGUUUUAAACUUUUGAAUACUAUUAGUUUAAGAGCAUUUGUUGUAGUGUUACGUAAAAGGUAUUUGACAUAUAAGGAGAUAAUUAAGGUCAUUAAGGACAGACUGACAAAAUCCAAAAUGCCUUUUAAACAAAAAAAAAUAAAUCUUGAUGUAAAAUAUUUUUUUAAACUUCCCAAUGUUUUUGAAAACAUAAGGAUGAAGAGAACUUUCCAAAAAUAAUUUGAU